UUUUCACUGGCAGCCAGACAGUCAAGCGCAUUUGAAUAUUAUGAACUAACGCAAGAAGAAAUUGACUGGUAUAAAGACCGCGGAUGUCCGGCGACAACAGUGCCUGUACCCAGAGGUGGCAUGGUGCUCUGGGAUUCUAGACUGGUUCACGACAAUGCAAGACCAGUAGAGGGUCGACCUCGUUCUGAUAGGUGGCGUCACGUGGUAUUUGUUUGUAUGACGCCUGCAAAAUGGGCAAAACAAUCCGAUAUCAAAAUCAAAAGAGAAGCAUAUGAACAUCUUUUAAUGACCACUCACUGGCCAAGUCAGGGGGUCUCCACGUUUCCGGAAUACCACCCGACUGGACGAGAAGGCAUCAGAGAAUUAACGGAACUCCCAGAAAUUGCCAAACAGAGAGAAGUGAGGCUGCUGAUGGGAGUAGACGAGUACGAAUUCAAUGACGGGAGCAUCGAUCGGACCCAAAGAGCCAGUAUGGACAUGAUGGGGUUGGGCAUUGAACGGACCCAAAGAGCCAGUAUUAACAUGAUGUGGUGA